UGUGUUUUUCUGUCUGGCAGGUGGCAGAUCGUUAUGGCGGGGGUCCCAGUAGCACCACCAGGUCUUGAAUGUCUUCUCCAGGUUGGUUCGGUGCGAGUUAAACAGACGCGUGACAGCAUGUUCCAGAAUUACUGCACCUAUGAUAUAUUGAGUGGGGACGGGCAGUUACUGUACAGGGCGGAGGAGGAAAGGGCCUGCUGUGGCCCCAGUUUCAAUAUUCACAUCCGUGACCUUCAGGGAUAUGAAGUUCUUAAUCUCCUUUCACGCUCCGUGUUCUUUUACUGGGAAACUCAGAUGCAGGUGCUCUCGGUCGCCGGGGGGAUGCGUUCGGGGUACAUUGAAAAAAACUGGACGAGUAUGAGAUCAUCUUUCACACUCCUGACUCAGCAGAGGGAGCCGGUUUUGAAGGUGCGAGGUCCCGGCUGGGGGGCCGGCUUCAUGAGUGAUGCUCACUUCAAGAUCAAGCUGCAUAAAGAUAACUCUCCCCUUGGAGUCAUCACACGCGUGUGGAAAGGCAUGUUAAGCAUCAACGACAGUUUCGAGAUUCAGUUCCCUUUGGACCUGGACGUGAAGCUGAAGGCUCUGCUCGUGUCAUGCGCCGUCUUCAUUGACUUUUUAUAUUAUGAGCGGAACAGACGCCAAAAUAAUUAAGCCCAACGCGGCAAGUGAGUGAAUGGAAGAAGAAACUAAUGAGGGGAUGUUAGGGGGCACAUGCGGACCCCGGCGGAGCGAAGGAGCAAGUCACAUGACUCUGGACGACUUCUCUGCAUUUUUGUGUCAUGUAUAUAUAAAAGAAAGUAAUGCGUUACGAUUGGAACCGGGAUUAAAGCUGUAACGUUCAUAGUCCUUUUUGAUAAUGCCCCCCUUUCCUAUAGAAUGGUUCUUUCCAAACAGUGAAUCCCCGCCCACUUUGCUGUUCUCUCCAUUGCAGAACGUGGA